AUGCUAUCUCGUAGAGUUUCAUCGAGGUUUUAUAUUCAGAUCGAAAAGAGGUCAUCUCAAAGACUAUAUACCGCAUAUAGGUCUCAAACGAGGUCUAUUUCAAAGGUAAGCCAACAAAAUGCUGCUCAGGCUACUUCGAGACCACAACCGUCUCCUUCCUUCAACACUGUCGAUCCUCAACUAUCGCUGAACCAGCCCUCAUCGAAGCAUUCAUUGAAUAAAAAUCACCGAGGCGUCUUUCCUAAAAAGGAAAUCGCUAUGGAUGACUCAUUUAUUGGCUUGACAGGAGGUGAAAUUUUUCACGAAAUGAUGAUUAGACACAAUGUUGAUACUGUAUUUGGGUACGCUGGUGGUGCUAUUUUACCCGUUUUUGAUGCAAUUUAUAACUCUGACAAGUUCAAAUUUGUUUUACCCAGACACGAACAAGGUGCCGGCCAUAUGGCCGAAGGAUACGCUAGGGCAAGUGGCAAGCCAGGCGUUGUUUUGGUUACUUCGGGACCAGGCGCUACUAAUAUCAUUACACCUAUGGCCGAUGCGUUGAUGGAUGGUGUUCCAUUGGUUGUAUUUACAGGACAAGUGCCUACAACGGCUAUUGGUACCGACGCUUUCCAAGAAGCCGACGUUGUUGGUAUUUCGAGGUCGUGCUCCAAAUGGAACGUGAUGGUUAAAAAUGUAGCUGAAUUACCAAGGCGUAUAAAUGAAGCUUUUGAAAUCGCCACUACCGGAAGACCAGGCCCUGUUUUGGUGGACUUGCCAAAAGACGUGACUGCAGCAACCUUGAAAGAAAGCAUCCCAAUCAAUACCACUUUACCUUCAAAUGCAUUGAGUUUGAUAACCAAAAAAGCCGUAAAUGAAUUUACCACCGAAGCUAUAAGGAGAUCAGCUAUUAUUUUGAAUAAAGCCAAAAAGCCAAUUAUUUAUUGCGGUGCAGGUAUAUUGAACCAUGAAGAUGGGCCUAAAUUGUUGAAAGAAUUGGCCAAUAAAGCUAAUAUUCCAGUAACUACUACUUUACAAGCAUUGGGUGCAUUUGAUCAAAGGGAUCCAAAAUCAUUAGAUAUGUUGGGAAUGCAUGGUUCGGCAGCUGCAAAUACCGCAAUGCAAAAAGCCGAUUGUAUAAUUGCUCUUGGUGCAAGAUUUGAUGAUCGAGUAACCGGAAAUAUUGCCAAAUUCGCUCCCGAGGCCAAAUUAGCAGCAAAUGAAAACCGUGGAGGUAUCUUGCACUUUGAAAUCUCCCCUAAAAAUAUAAAUAAAGUUGUUGAAGCUACUGAAGCCAUUGAAGGUGAUGUUACUUCUAAUUUACGCAAGUUUAUUCCACUAGUAGAUUCAGUCGAAUCAAGACCAGAGUGGUUUAAAUCAAUUAAUGAAUGGAAAGAAAAAUACCCAUAUGCUUAUCAAUUAGAAACCCCUGGCUCCAAAAUAAAACCACAAACUUUGAUCAAGGAGAUUUCCAAACAAUCCAUGACCUACGAUAAAGAAGUUUAUGUUACUACUGGUGUUGGACAACACCAAAUGUGGGCAGCUCAACACUUUACAUGGACACAGCCUAGAACGAUGAUCACUUCCGGAGGGUUAGGAACUAUGGGUUAUGGAUUACCAGCAGCAAUUGGAGUUCAAGUUGCUAAACCUGACGCUAUUGUGAUUGAUAUUGAUGGAGACGCAUCCUUCAAUAUGACUUUAACUGAGUUAUCAUCGGCUGUUCAAGCUGGUGCACCAGUGAAGAUAUGUGUAUUGAACAAUGAAGAACAAGGUAUGGUUACUCAAUGGCAAUCAUUAUUUUACGAACAUAGAUAUUCUCACACUCAUCAGUCGAAUCCCGACUUUAUGAAAUUAGCAGAAAGUAUGGGUGUUAAGGGAAUAAGAGUGGAAACUCAAGAUCAAUUAGAACUGAGUGUAAAGGAAUUUUUAGAUUGCAAGGUGCCUGUUUUAAUGGAGGUUUUGGUUGAAAAGAAAGUACCUGUUUUGCCAAUGGUUCCUGCUGGAAAAGCAUUGGACGAUUUUAUUUUAUGGGAUUCCGAAGCUGAAGAGAAACAGAAUGCUUUGAGAAAGCAACGGACUGGCGGAUUGUAUUAG